GAACAGUGGCUGUUAGCCCAAGGCCUGCGCGGACCCAGUGUGUUUGACAGUGGUGGAAGCUGCAAGCAUUGAGUGUGGGAAUCACAGCGAAGGAACUGCUCGGUCGGAAUUCUGCCUCUGUUUUAAAUUUGCUCUCGGGUUUCCCACGUUUAGCAAGACGCCAGGAUGCCAUCAACCUGGGUACACGCCUUCGGCUUCACCGUGUUACCGCACGCGGCAAGCGUUGUCAGUUGGUCUUACCGGGAAGAGAUCACCGGCUGGUACGCCACGUUGAAGAAGCCGUCUUGGUGCCCGCCCAACUGGGCCUUUGGUCCCGUCUGGUUCUCUCUCUACACCAGCAUGGGUUAUGGCUCCUACCUGGUGUGGAAGGAACUUGGAGGAUUCACUGACGAGGCGCUGGUCCCCCUUGGUUUAUAUGGAGCCCAACUUCUCCUCAACUGGGCGUGGACUCCAAUCUUCUUCAAGGCCCAUCGAGUGGGUUGGGCUUUCGUCGAGUUGCUGUGCGUGUACGGGGCUGCAGCGGCAACCACGGUGAGUUGGCACCGUGUCAGCCCCACCGCAACCUACCUGAUGCUGCCCUACAUGGCCUGGCUGACCCUGGCCGGUGCUCUCAACUACUGCAUCUGGAGGGACAACAAGCCCAAGGCAGAGUAGUGCCGCUCGCCACACAUGCGCUCAACUCCAUUAACGGGUGGAUCGAUGAGUCCAAAUGAAUGAAUGAAUGAAGACGUUUGUCGGAACAAGUAUAUUCACAUACAAGGAAUUUACCCUGGUGCUCCGCCCGCAAGUAACAACACGACAUACAGUAAACAAUUAAGAACAAAAUCUAAAACAUUAAAGCAUUAACAAUAACACAUUACAGUUUAAACAUGUGAAUGAAAUAAAAUUCCACAGCACAAGGAGGCUACAGACUAUUGGUUAUUGAGUAGAGCUACUACUCGUGGGGAAAAAAGCUGUUUUUGAUCCGAAACGCCACCUCCCCACGUCAUAUGUUCAAAGGUUCACGGCGAUAGGAGCAGAAUUAGGCCAUUCGGCCCAUCAAGCCUAAUCCGCCAUUCAAUCAUGGCUGAUCUAUCUCUCCCUCCUAACCCCAUUCUCCUGCCUUCUCCCCAUGACCCCAGACACCCGUACAAAUCAAGAAUCGAUCUACCUAUCAGUGCCUUCAAAAAAUGUCCUCCAGAGAUGCUGCCUGAGUUAUUCCAGCACUUUGUGUGUUUUCCUCACGAUUCCAGCAUCUGCGGUUCCUUGUGUCUACGUUGAUCGCUGCUUCUCACGGGUGGAGUGUGUUUAAUAUAUACCCUUACUUAAUACAUGCGCACUGUUUGAUUUAAGAGUGUUAUGGAAAUCAAUAAUAAUUAAAGAGAAAUGAAAUUUGCCA